CUCCCACAAAAUCUCUUCUCUCUCUAGCUCAUUCUCUUUCUCUGUCUAGAUUUUCUUGGAUCAUAGGAUUUCAUUGUUCCCAGGUUGUACUGUUCUCACCUUGACCAGAAAAAAAAAACCACAAGUUUCAAACUUGAUCAAAAUGUGUAACCCUACAACAAACUCAGCUCUGGGCUACAAGACACCAAAAACAGAGAUGCCAUAUGAUGAUGAAUUCCAGUCAUCGAUCAAAAUCCCGGCGGCAGAGAAGCCCGACGUUCUUGCUUUCCCUCUGAUCACGUUGAAAUCUCCGGCGCCGGCGCCGAGCCUCUCCCUUGUAAUCAAAGAAGCAGAGUCCAUAGCCAAAAUUGCUCUGCCCAUGAUUCUCACCGGCCUUCUCCUAUAUUCCCGCUCCAUGAUUUCCAUGCUUUUCCUCGGCCGUCUCGGCGGGCUAGCGUUGGCCGGCGGUUCUCUCGCCGUCGGCUUCGCUAACAUCACCGGAUAUUCCAUCCUCUCCGGUUUAGCCAUGGGAAUGGAGCCGAUUUGCGGGCAGGCUUUCGGGGCCAAGAAAUAUAAUCUUCUUGGCCUAACCUUACAGAGAACCAUUCUUUUACUAAUCUUAAUUUCGGUCCCGAUAGCUAUUCUUUGGGUUAACAUGAAAACCAUUCUUCUAUUCUGCGGCCAAGAUGAAGCUAUUGCAACAGAGGCUCAAUCCUAUCUUUUAUAUUCAAUCCCUGACCUUUUCGCGCAGUCUUUGCUCCAUCCCCUGAGAAUUUACCUAAGAACACAGUCCAUUACUUUGCCCCUCACCUUCUGUGCCGCUUUUUCCAUUAUUCUUCACGUUCCAAUCAACUAUUUUCUUGUGACGAAGAUGGGUUUGGGGACAAAAGGGGUGGCGCUUAGUGGGGUUUGGACAAAUUUCAAUCUUGUUGCUUCUUUGAUUGUUUAUAUACUCAUUUCCGGUGCUUACAAGAAGACAUGGGAGGCAUUGUCGUCAGAGUGUCUUAAAGGGUGGAAAUCUUUGCUGAAUUUGGCGAUUCCGAGCUGCGUUUCUGUGUGUUUGGAGUGGUGGUGGUACGAGAUUAUGAUCUUGCUUUGUGGGCUUUUGAUUAAUCCCAGAGCCACCGUGGCUUCAAUGGGGAUUUUGAUUCAAACCACUUCUUUGAUCUACAUUUUCCCCUCUUCUCUCAGCUUCAGCGUUUCCACGCGAGUGGGGAACGAGCUGGGCGCGGGGGAGCCGAGAAACGCUAAACGCGCCGCCAUUGUCGGCCUCGCCGGAAGUUUUAUUCUGGGGUUCUCUGCUCUGUUCUUCGCUAUCUCCGUCAGGAAUAUUUGGGCUAAAAUGUUCACCCUCGACAAGGAAAUUAUCGCAUUGACCUCUCUGGUUCUCCCCAUUAUUGGCCUCUGCGAGAUCGGAAACUGCCCGCAAACCACCGGCUGCGGCGUGCUCCGGGGGACGGCGAGGCCGAAAACCGGCGCCAACAUCAACCUCGGCUGCUUUUACCUCGUCGGAAUGCCGGUCGCCGUCGCGCUCAGCUUCUUCGCCGGCUUCGACUUCGAGGGGCUCUGGCUCGGACUUUUGGCGGCGCAGGCGUCCUGUAUGAUCACCAUGCUCAUCGUUCUCCUCCGAACGGAUUGGGAACUUGAAGCCCAGAGAGCCGAAGAGCUCACCGGAGCUGAUGACCAUUCCGAAACUCUCAUCAAACCCAAAAAUAAUCAAGAUUCUUUGUGUUGACACAAAAAAAAAAAAACUAUAUAUUUAUAUCUAUUUUUAAAAUUUUUCAUAGGGACUAGUCCAUCCAUCAUAGACAUAAUGGUCUAUGUUAAAUAUUAGCUAAGAAAUUAAAAUAAUUUUUUUCUUUAUAGGUGAAAUUAUAAAUUUACCGCGUGUACACUCUCAAAUAGUGACUGCGUGGGUCAGUCAAAAAGGUGUAUAGGUGGAGGGGUAACUUGACUUGGAUUUGUAGUGCAUGUAAGAAAUGCAUGUUGGGAAAUUCAAAUUUGCCACUACUGUAACAUGGAAGGAGAAAGGAAGUAACAUUAUUGCAUAAAUCUAUUUGUCUGUUUUGUGUUAUACUCUUCAAUGGGAUCUACCAUGUACAAAAAGAGGGAAUUCAAUGUAUACAUGGCUGCUUUGUUGAA